AUGUCCCCCCACCCGAGCCGUGGGCAUUCCCCCACCCCGCUGAGCCGUGCGUCUCCCGUUCCAGGCGGCGGGCCGGGCCGGGCUGACGAAGCCCUUGAGAGCAGCCAAGUGACCAGUGACUCGGAAAGUGAAGUCUACAGCGACACCCUGGAGCAGAUAGAGCCUGGUCAGGCUGGUCAGCGCGUGGCCGGGCAGAGCCUUUCCCUAAGCAGUCCUCACACAGCCAGCCUGCGAGCCGAUGUUGGGCGUGAGUCCCUGGCCCGAGCACCGGAAAGCUGCGGGGAGGGAGAGCUGGGCGAAGGCGGAGGACUAGUCGGGCGGAGCAGCGAUGACUCCAGGCCCCUCAGCACAGAGAGAGAGCUGCAGGCUGCCCCGGGAGCGUGCGGAGCCAGGGGCUGUCCUGAUGCUGACCAGGGGGACGCAGCGAGCGCAGGGCUCCGGCCGGAGCUGGAUGUGCAGCUGCUUGGCACCGUCCGCGCCCUGCAGGACAACAUGCGGAGCGUCUUGAAGAGGCUGAGCCACCUGGAAACGCUGAGCACCGCGCAGGGGCACGAGUCUGGGUCUGGCCCUCGCCACCCGCUGGGCCCGCAGAAGCCGUCCCGCUGGCCGCUGGAGGUCUCUGCUCGCACCCUGCUGUUCCUCCUCGCCUGGCCCUUCCUCGUCCAGUGGCUGCUGCGGCGUUUCCAGCGCAGGAAAAGGGGAUUGUUCUCUGUCUGAACGGGCAGCACUGAGCGAAAACCCCAGGAACGCGCUGCCUGGCUGGAGCUUGCAGCUCAGCCACCGGGACUCAGCACCCAGCUGACCCGCAAUGGGUAACGAAAGUGGUUCUCCUCCCAGGAGCUGGGAAGGAGAACAAUCCAGGCAGCGCUCGCUGGGGGAGCGACGGGCUGUCCCCCAGGUGCCAGGGACAGCUCCUCUGAAGGACAAACCAGUCCAGAAGUGUGGCAAGGAGAGAUCGGAUUCAGCACUUACUCAGCAAGCUCGGAGCCGUCAGCUCGGUCGGGGGGACCCCAGCCUGGGUCUGGCCCAAGCAUGUUCACCUCUGAGACGCCAUUUCACUUGCGGGAGGACAGGGGGACUCUUUGU